GGGGUGGGGGUGGGGGGGAGGUUGAAAACCCCGCAGGCUUGAAGACUGUGGGGAUGGCCGCGGACGAGGACCUGACGCGCCGGUGCUGCUAGCGGUCGAAAGAACUCCUUUUCGGUCCCCCGCGAUGUGGCUGACUCAAGGCUCGCGGCAGGCCGAUUGCAGCCGUCGACAGAAGCGGCAACGACAGGAGGAACAGGAGAUUUCAGAUCGGAGGAAGUGAACCCGGUCGUAUCCUGAAGGAAGCAAGGCGCACAACAUGACUUUCUCAUCUCCAGUUGCAAAUAGAAAUCCCGAAGGUCUCCAGGAGAAAUCUUUGCCUUGUCAGUGCCACCGGGGCCACAUUUGACCUUCACCGCGUGAACGUCCAAAGACUCCAACCGGACAUUGUACUUGAUCCUCCGACUCCAAGCGCACUGACGUUUUGGCAACCACAUGUUUGAGGCCACUCCGUGCGACCGUCGCCGCCCAUUCUCGCGCAGCAGCCGCAGCGGCCCCCCCGCGCAAGCCCGGCCUGCACCAUGCAGUGGAGACGGCGACAUUGCUGUCCCAUCAAGAUGACGUGGACGGCCAAGCGCUCGCUAUUUCGGACCCACGUGGCGGGCCUCCUCUCACUGGCGCUGCUCUUUACCCUCUUUUCCUUUUUCAGCCGCCAGGACUGGCUGCCCGGCCGCAACGGGCCGCGGGAAAACCCGCUGGCCUACACUGUCAGGGGUUUCCGCGGUCCCAGGGGGGAGGCCAACCAGAGCAGCUCCGUUCGGGGCCUUUGGCGGGAGGCCGGUUUUGUAGCGCCGAAGCCUCCGCUCAAUCUUAGCUCCCAGCCGGCGGGAGGGCCGGCCGGAGAGGCGGUUGGCGGAGGGGGGGGCGUCCGAAUGGCCGCGAUGGGACUCGGAGACUCCAUGAGCACCAACAAGAGUUUGCAGAAGGAGCUGGACGCGGGAGGGAAGCUCAGCGCCCAGCCCUACCGCUACAUCCUGAACCAGCCGUUCAAGUGCGGCGACGGCGCCCCCUUCCUCGUCCUGCUCAUCGCCGCCGAGCCGGGCCAGGCCGACGCUCGUCACGCCAUCCGCCGGACGUGGGGCAACGACAGCGUGGCCAUGGGCCUGGGCUUCGUACGGCUCUUCCUGCUCGGCGUCGGAAAGAGCUCCGACGCCUUCCUUCAGAGCGGCAUUGAGGAGGAGAGCCGCGUUUACCAAGACAUCAUCCAGCAAGACUAUCAGGACACGUAUUACAACCUGACCAUCAAAACUUUAAUGGCCAUGAACUGGGUGGCGACGUAUUGCCCGCGCGCCUCCUACGUGAUGAAGACGGACAGCGACAUGUUUGUCAAUACGGAGUAUCUCAUUCAGAAGCUGCUGAAGCCCGAGCUGCCUCCCAAGCGGAGGUACUUCACGGGCUAUCUGAUGAGAGGCUACGCACCGAACCGAAAUAAGGACAGCAAGUGGUACAUGCCGCCGGAGCUGUACCCCAGCGAGCGUUACCCGACCUUCUGCUCCGGCACGGGGUACGUCUUCUCAGGGGACAUGGCGGAACUCAUCUACCAGGCCUCCCUCGGCAUCCGCAGGCUCCACCUGGAGGAUGUGUACGUGGGAAUAUGCCUGGCAAAGUUGCGCAUCGAGCCGACUCCGCCCCCCAACGAAUUCCUCUUCAACCACUGGCGGGUGUCUUAUUCCAGUUGCAAGUACAGCCACCUCAUCACAUCGCAUCAGUUCCACCCAAACGAACUGAUCAAGUACUGGAACCACUUGCAGAGUAACAAGCACGAUGCCUGCAUCAACACGGCAAAGGAAAAGAACGGCAGGUACAGGCAACGAAGGUUCCACGGCGCGCGGCCUCCCUGAUCGCAUCGGGCUGCGUGCAGCCGACGGAGGACGUUUUUGACCUCAGCACAACUCACUGCGUAGGAAAAGUACAUUUGUUUCGUUGGUAUUGUGUACAGUCGAUGCCUCGAACCGUUUUGGUUUCGUUUGGAGAGAAAUGUCAAGUCUUGUAUCCGUACGUACGUCUGCAAGGUGCGAGGACCGACGCAUCGGUGAUAUGGAGCGUGGGCCCCGAUGGUGCACGCUGAAAGUUGAGAGAGAGUAUUCCACACAGAUGCAUCGAGAAUUUAAAAAAAAAAAAAAAAGCUUCAAAAGUCACCGCCGAUGUGUUUACACAGACAAAGGGAAAUGUAUAUGUAUUUUGUUGAAAGUUAUACUACCUAAAUAUGAAUGAAAAUAUCUUUGGCGUUGACCACUUUUCCUGACCUCUUUCUGUGUUUCUGUCAGUUUACGUUCCAGUUCAAAUUCCAAAGCUUUAUCUGCCAUAUCCUGUAUUUUAUCUAAAAAAGAAAUAAACGUGAAAGAACACAAA